AGUGAGGCGCCGAGCGGAACGGCCUCUGGUGACAUUUUCUUGGGGCGGCGCGGACGAGUGAAGGGACUUGGUGGUGGAGGCUGCGGAGGCGGCGAGGUUCACUUUGGCCCCGGUGGGUCUCUGACCGCGACUCUCUGAUCGCCGCCGAGACUUGUGCCAAGAAGGAGAAGGCGGUGGUGACCUUCGUGUCCCGAGUCACCGCGGCAGGCAGAGUCCCGGCUAGGGGGUCGGUGCGUGUCCCGACGGGGCGCACGGAGUGGACGAGGAGGUACGGAGCCGCCGCGGAGCGCAGGUUGCUUUCCUGUUGCAUCUUUGAUAUCAUUUCCUAGACUCUGCUCCAUGAUUUAACUCAAAAUUCUGAAAUGAAGAUGGAGGAGGCAGUGGGAAAAGUCGAAGAACUCAUUGAGUCUGAAGUCCCACCAAAAACAUCUGAACAAGAGACAGCAAAGGCAGAAGAUGGAUCUGUAGAACUGGGAUCUCAAGUUCAGAAAGAUGGUGUAGCAGAUUCUACAGUUCUUUCUUCAAUGCCCUGUUUGUUGAUGGAACUGAGAAGGGACUCUUCUGAGUCUCAGUUAGCAUCCACAGAGAGUGACAAGCCGACAACUGGCCGAGUUUAUGAGAGUGACUCCUCUAAUCACUGCAUGCUUUCUCCUUCCUCUAGUGGUCACCUGGCUGAUUCAGAUACAUUGUCUUCUGCAGAAGAGAAUGAACCCUCCCAGGCAGAAACAGCAGUAGAAGGAGACCCUUCAGGAGUGUCUGGUGCCACAGUUGGGCGCAAGUCUAGGCGGUCCCGGUCUGAAAGUGAAACAUCCACUAUGGCUGCCAAGAAAAACCGGCAAUCGAGUGAUAAACAGAAUGGUCGAGUCACCAAGGUUAAAGGUCAUCGGAGCCAAAAGCACAAGGAGAGGAUCAGGCUACUGAGGCAGAAACGGGAGGCUGCUGCUAGGAAGAAAUACAACCUGCUGCAGGACAGUAGUACCAGUGAUAGUGACCUGACUUGUGAUUCAAGCACGAGCUCAUCAGAUGAUGAUGAAGAGGUUUCAGGAAGCAGCAAGACAAUCACUGCAGAGAUACCAGGUCAUUUGGAUCCAGGAUUCUUAACAAGUGAAAAAACAUCUGCCAGCAAUGCACCACUGAAUGAAGAAAUUAAUAUUGCCUCUUCAGAUAGUGAAGUAGAGAUUGUGGGAGUUCAGGAACAUGCAAGGUGUGUUCAUCCUCGAGGAGGUGUGAUUCAGAGUGUUUCUUCAUGGAAGCAUGGCUCAGGCACGCAGUACGUUAGCACCCGGCAAACACAGUCAUGGACUGCUGUGACUCCCCAGCAGACUUGGGCUUCACCAGCAGAAGUUGUUGAUCUUACUUUGGAUGAGGAUAGCAGACGUAAAUACCUACUGUAAUACAAUGUCACUGUGUUUCCUCUGCACUGUUCCCUUCCCCUUCCUCCCCUUGUUGUGACACGGAUGUUCAUUGUCAUAGCUUCAGCUUCAGAAGCUGUUUGUGGCAUUUGUAGAAUUGGAACUCAUGGAAAACCCCCCCCCCCUUUCUUUUUUUUUAAAAAAAGAAGUUACUUAGGAAUAUAACUUAUCACAGAGAAAAGGAUUUCUUCUUUCCUUCAGUAGGAAUGUGAGAAUGAUGGAUUUUAUUAGAUUUUAUUUUACUUGGUGACUUUUAAUCUUAGGAAACUUCGCCUUCCUUUUAGAAUAAUAUUUUAAUUGCCAGGUAAAAUGGAUUUCAGUUUUUAAAAAAUCUUUUAUUUAUUUUUCUGUACAAUGAAAUUAAUAUUUAGAUUUGACCACUAUCUGCCCACCCCAUUGGCACUCCCGUCUUAGGGCAUUCGCACACAUAUCAGUCAGGUUCUAUUGGCACCUAAUAGGGCAUGUGCAUUUAAAAACCUGACCUUAAAAAUAGAAGACAGAAGUAUUCAAUGCAUCUUUUCUUUUAGCUUAAGUCUUCUGCCUUCUUUCCUGACUUUGCUCCUGGUUGACCUCCUACAACACAAAUAAUUAACAUGCCCCUUUGUGUUUAUAAAUAUUAAGGUGACUUAGUUGGUCUCCUUGUUGCAAUAAUUUAUAACUUUUUGGAAAAUGUCUUCUUUGGGGCAGAGGUAUUUUGGAUAGAUACCCACUAUAAGGUUUUCUGGGCAUCUGAAUGAAGAGAAUAUCGAGAGAUCAGUGGGAAAAUCUCUCUCCCUCAGCCUUUUUUUCCUGGUUUAUUCAAAUAACGGAGAACAUAGAAACCUGUUACGUAUGAAGGACAGGAAAAGUUAUGUGGCUUCUAAGGCUACAGGCACUUGCCAAUCUGAGAGGAAAAUGCCUUUUUUCAUUGCUGGUCUCUUCAUGAAGGGUAUGUAACAACUGUUUAACACCUGAGCUAAAAUGGACCUGAUGGUGUAUGUGGGUAUUUUUCUCCUCUACCUUCUAAAAAAAUAUACCAUAAGAAAAAUCAAUAUAUACCAUAAGAAAUCAGAUGCAAAGCACAUUAACGGCACUGUAAAUUUUACAGUAUCUAAAAGGAAUAGCAAAAGGUAGUAGGAGCUUCAGGGAAUUGAGGAAAUGCCAGCAUUGCAAUUUUGUGCAUUAGUUACUACCUUUUUUCCUAUAACAUGUUGUAGUUACUAGUGAAUUAUUUUGAAAGCAAUACCUAGAGUUAGAACACUAUGUAUUGUGCACAAAGGGGAGUGAAGUAAUGUUGGCCUAGAAGACCUCGCCUUUUGUUUUUCACAGUUUUUGUUUGCUUUUUUUGUUUGUUUGUUUCCCUUGUUACCAUAUGAUGUUGCUAUGGCCCUUUGCCUCCCCAAACGCCUUGGUGGCUCUUCCAUAUCAUUCAGCAAAUCAUCUACCAUAGUGCAUAAGGCACUAUGUGGGGGCGGGUACAGUGGGGGCCACUGAGAUGAACGAGACACAUCCUGCAUGUGCAUGCGGCAGAGUCUGCCUGGCUCCACCUGCCUAGCCUUCUCUCCUUUUUUUGUAAAACAAGUUUAUUCCUUUAUUCUUCUUCCUGUUGCUUUAGUUCUUCUGUAUAUCCCUUCUUCCAUGGGAAUGUAUUUGAGUGUAUGUUAUUUGAUCUUCUCUGAUAACAUCUCGAUUGAUCUGGCCUCUGUUCUUCAUCAGCUUUUUAUUUUUCCUCCAAUCUACUUUUAAUAGGUCAGGCUUUUUAGAUCAUGAACUUCCAAUUUAAGCACCUCAUAUUUCAGUCUCUCCCAUGGCCACAAUUCUAGACAAAAACCAAAGACCCAGAGGCCAGAGCAAAAUAGGACCUUCUGCAGAUUCACUACUGGUGUAUCCUUGGACCUUCACAUGUUACUUUAGGAUUAAUUUAUUGAAUUUUACUGUUACACAUCAUUUUUGACUUGAAUUAAAAUACUAGACAAAGCAGAAAUGUACAAUUUCUCGUCUUUGUUUUCCAGGAAAGUCAUUGGGAAGAGAAUAGAGUGUAUUAUAUGACUUGAAGUUUUUGCAGCUUAUUUUUACCCCAGUAUCAGGGCAGAGCCCCGUUAAAGAAUGUUUUUACAUUACCUAAUCCUACAUUAAUGGUAUAUUUUGUCCAGUUUCAUACAGCAGGUGAUUUCCCAUGACAUAUUUUCUUUAGUCCCUAAUAGUCAUCUGUGUAAAGAGAGAGAGAACUUUUUUGGUGUGCUGUGUGCACUAUGGAUUGGGGAGAGUGGAGUUGUAACCAAGCUCUUUUCUGGCCUUUUGCUUUUACACCAGGUUGUACUUUUCCCUUACUUGUUUCUAUUCCAGCUCCUUGACUACCUGACUUGAUGUACCAGAACAGAGAUUUAGACAUUGAGAUACAAAAAGGUGAGGGGAAGGGAUGGUAGAGACAGUCAGCUCUCUCCCUUGCUACCAUCCAAAGAGUGGGGAUAUGGUUUCAGGCAAGGUAUUAAUGAUUAAAUUCUGUGAUUUAUAAUUCUUAUGACAUUUGAAAAGUUUUUUGAAGGGAUUUUUUUAAACCAUAGGUUUGAACUUGGUAGCAGAAGUAGUUCUUUAUGCCUCACAGAACAAUGUCUGUUCAAAGUAAUAUUUCUGCUAAAAUGGUACAUGUGUGUCACUGAUUGGCCUAUGCCACCAACUUGAUUAAGUUCCCUUUCCCUCUAAUUUUAAAAAACAGAGCAGUAAUGUGGCUCUGUCCAUCAUGAUUGCCCUAUAACUUAUAACUGCUGCUCUCUAGUAAUUGUCUUUUCAUUUUGAUGGUAGGGGCCAGACUAAAUGGACUCCAUCAUUCUUUACAAUCAAGCAUCCCAUAAACUCUGCUUUUAUUGUCAUCAAUUGUGAAUAUGAACCAUUUGAUUUUGCUAAUUUAGUCAUUUGUUCAUCAUUACUUUUUGCAGAUUAGCACCACAGCUAACUUUAAAAUGAAUUUGUUGCCUGCUUUCUAUACUUGUCACAAGGUUUUUGAAAAAGCUGGGGACACAAUUUUGUCUUUUAGUUUUAAACUUUUUUUAAAGGCAAAGAGCCCCUGAUCCCUGUUCUCCAAUGCGUAUAAUGAUGUGACUUCCAUGUAAAUAUAAAAAUGAUUGUACCCUAACCAAACUUCCUCAGAUUGUGCACUGUUUGUUUAAAAUAAUCACGUAUUUUAGUCCAAUGCUGUUGAAUUUUUUCAUUUUAUUUAAAACACUACUUACUUUCUUUUAACAAAUUUUAAAGGGUAGUGAGCUUAAAAAAAAAUCACUGGAUAACUAGGAAAUAAUUUUGUUGUCGUUUUGUUUUUUAAAGAGUACAAAGGUCAUUGAAGCCUUUUGCUCCUCUUACCGUGAAAAUGAAAUGUUAGCCAUCGUAUGGCUAGGAACCAAUGCACUUGGCGGUUAACAGAUCUGCUGUUGCUGGAGUGUGAGCGUGGACUUGAUGCAGUGACGACAAAUCAUUGCUUAGAAUUAAUGUUUUCAAAUGUGCAACUCUAGUUUUUAAAACAAAAUUUGGUUCUUUACAUUCAUUAUUUAGUUUUUGUUUCCAUUUAGUAUUUAAUGGUCUUUG